CCUUGAUGAGUGGCUGGGGGCCAAGGCUAUAGAUACUAAUGGGAGACUACGAGUCUACGAUCCUGCGUCGGUAUCAUCUGCAGCAGUAAGUCCACAACAUUACUUGCCAAUGAACUGACGAAGUGCUUCCUUUGGGCAACCAGGCACAAAGACACACCCUUUCGUCUCCAACUAUACACCUUCUCACUCUCACACAAACCCUAGACUUCCCUCUCCUCGCAGCUAUGUCUAUUUCACACUAUUUUUCCUCUAAUUGAAACCAUUUUUUCCUUCAUACGCUGCUCUCCCAUUUUCCUCCCAUUCAAUUUAUUCGAAAUUCCGAAAAUUCAUCGUUUCUGCACCCCGCUCGCGAUUAAAGUUUAAAGCUUUACGCAAGCGGCGGAUAGAUGAUGACGGAGAAUGGCAGCGGCGGCGCCAACAAUAAUGGUGGUGAUAAGGAAGAGGAGGAGGAGGAGGAGCUCUCGGUUCCCAGAGGUGGGCCCAUCUACGUUCCCAAUGUUGUGGGUCCCCUCACCAGCGUCCCUCUGUUCCUGUCUUCUAUUCUCCAAGAACUUCAGGAUUUAGAGGUGGAAGUGUCUCCAAAUUCAUCCCAAGUCUGUGACGAAGAUAUUUCGGUGGAUGAGCUUAAAAUCUUGACCGAGGAAGAGUUAGUCGAUAUGGCUAUCACGGAAGCAUUUAAGGAUGAUGAAGGUGCUCCCAGUCUCUCGCCUAUUUCUGAAGAGCCCUCCAAUGAAAGGAGUGCAAAUGAUUCUGAGACUUCAAAUGAUAAAGAUUGUAAAACGAAACCAAGGAGGAGAAAGCGAACAAAUGAAUAUAAUCACGCUCUUGAGGACGAUGAAGGUCCCUCAAAUCUUUCACCUAUUCCAGAAGAGCUUUCCAGGAGAGUAAGUGAUUCUGGGAUAUCAAAUGAUAAAGCUUGUACAAAGACAUCAAGCAAGGGAAAACGAACAAAGGCAAAUGCGCAUGCUCUUAAUGAGACUUAUAUUGCAAGGGUGGAGCGUGUUAAAAGAAUAAAAGAAAAGCAAGAGGAAGACAAAUCGGCUGUGACUCUGCAUUCUUUCAACCGUAGUUCGAAGACGACUGAACUUUCCAUUGCAUCCUCAAGGACAAUUGAUAGGAUGAAACCCCUCAGAUCUGCAAGUUCAUCAGUGAAGGUGAAGUCAUCCAGCAUUCAGGAAUUUGUACCUGCGCAAUAUCCAGACGUUGCUCUUUCCAUUGAGGUUUACCAAAGUGUGCAAAAAAGGUUGAAGAACCAAGAGUUGUUGGUCCUCGGACAACAAACCUUGACUGAACUGAGGGAUAAGAUCGACUGCCUGACAGACCAUGUGAUGCAAAAGGCUGGUCAGCAUGAUCCUUCAGGAUACUUCCUUGUAGAAGAUACAUUUUGCAAUGAUUUGAGAGAUCCCUCCUCAGUAGAUUAUAGCGAACCUAUAUUCGAUUGGCUUAAAGAUUCUAAGGGCGCUGCUCUGAAAAAAUGGGAAAGCGUUGUAGCUGGAGAAUUGAAAAAGAAGCAGAAGGCAGUCGUAGGAGAUGUAACAGGGUCACAAUUGCCUAGUUUCAGAGCUGUUGACAUGGACAAGACUAAAUUCUCGGACUUGAAGUUCCGACUUGGUGCUGGAUAUCUGUAUUGUCACCAGGGAGACUGCAGACAUACGUUUGUAAUUCGUGACAUGAGAUUGAUUCAUCCCCAAGAUAUACAAAACAGGGCAGCUUAUCCAAUACUCUUAUUUCAAGUGAAGCCAGUUAUACAAAAAUGUUACGCUUGUAAAAUAUUUCGAGCAACAAAGGUAACUGUAGAUGACAAGUGGGCUCAGGAGAACCCGUGUUACUUCUGCGACGAUUGUUACUACCUCCUCCACUAUAAGGACGGACAUCUUCUAUAUGAUGACUUCUCCGUGUAUGAUUAUCACCAUGAUUGAUUGUUUUGUACAAUUACUGCUGUUGAAUCUAAUGCAAUUUAUACAUGUUUGAUUCUUUUUGUUCU